AGCAAACGUGCGGUGCGUGGGGGAAGCGCGAGUUUGGUGGGACAGUAGGGCAGAAGAGAAGAAAUUAGAAAAUGUCUUAGUCACCAACAGUCUCAAAAUCCUCUGAGCCUCUGUAGACAGCCGCUCUCUUCGGAACUCAACUUCUCUUUGUUUUUUCCCUCUUCCUCACAUUCACCACACACACACUCUCUCCAAGUUUUUUCUUCUCGUUUUCUCCGUAGCUACCACAGCUCUAUAUCUUUCUCUCUCUCUUUCUUCUAUUCUUCAUCUUCUGUUACUUGUUCAAUGGCCACAAUGAAUCUACCUACAGGACUACACGCCGCAGCUAAACCGGCGUCAUUGGAUCGGCUUUCCUCGGCCAAGAACGUCGGUGAUUUGUUCUUCUCCGAUUCUCGUCACAGGAAACGAGUGAAUACUUGGAAUCAAAUCAUGGCCGUUCAAUCACCUGAGCAUAUUCAUGGCGUUAAUAACAAUGUUUAUGCCAAUUAUGUUAAUUUCAAUGUACCCUCUUCCAGUGGUUACAGUCUGGGGCAAGAAAGUGUGUAUCUGAAUUCUCCAAGAAAAACCAAGAUAGUUUGCACCAUUGGUCCCUCCACAAGCUCACGGGAGAUGAUCUGGAAAUUGGCAGAGGCUGGAAUGAACGUGGCCCGUCUGAAUAUGUCACAUGGGGACCACGCAUCGCAUCAGAGAACGAUUGACCUUGUUAAAGAAUACAAUGCUCAAUUUGAGGACAAGGUUAUUGCAAUAAUGUUGGACACUAAGGGACCUGAGGUAAGAAGUGGAGAUGUGCCCAAACCAAUUCUCCUUAAGGAGGGUCAAGAAUUCAACUUUAGCAUUAAAAGAGGAGUCAGCACAGAAGACACCGUUAGUGUAAAUUAUGAUGAUUUCAUAAAUGAUGUGGAGGCCGGAGACAUACUACUCGUUGAUGGUGGGAUGAUGUCAUUAGCUGUGAAAUCGAAAACCAGUGAUAUAGUGAAAUGUGAAGUUAUUGAUGGAGGAGAACUGAAAUCGAGACGGCAUCUAAAUGUAAGAGGAAAAAGUGCCACCCUGCCUUCAAUAACAGAGAAAGACUGGGAUGAUAUUAAGUUUGGUGUGGACAAUCAAGUCGACUUCUAUGCCGUUUCUUUUGUGAAGGAUGCUAAGGUGGUCCAUGAAUUGAAAGAUUACCUGAAAAGCUGUAAUGCAGAUAUUCAUGUUAUUGUAAAGAUUGAAAGUGCAGACUCCAUUCCAAAUCUCCACUCGAUCAUUUCCGCUUCUGAUGGGGCAAUGGUGGCCCGUGGUGAUCUUGGAGCUGAACUUCCAAUUGAGGAAGUCCCAUUGCUUCAGGAAGACAUUAUUAGAAGGUGUCAGAGCAUGCAAAAACCUGUAAUAGUAGCAACGAACAUGCUCGAAAGCAUGAUUGAUCACCCAACCCCAACAAGGGCAGAAGUUUCAGACAUUUCCAUUGCAGUACGUGAAGGCGCUGAUGCUGUAAUGCUUUCAGGCGAAACCGCUCAUGGGAAGUAUCCACUGAAGGCAGUUAAGGUGAUGCAUAUUGUGGCAUUAAGGACUGAGUCUAGCCUACAAAAAAGCACUAGUUCUCCUAGUCAAUCUGCCGCCUAUAAGAGCCAUAUGGGUGAAAUGUUUGCCUUCCACUCUUCCUCAAUGGCUAAUACCCUUAGCACUCCCAUCAUUGUCUUCACAAGAACUGGGUCCAUGGCAAUAAAGUUAAGUCAUAAUCGGCCUUCAUCAACAGUUUUUGCCUUCACAAACAAUGAAAGGGUGAAGCAGCGUCUGGCUCUGUAUCAUGGUGUCGUGCCUAUAUAUAUGGAGUUUUCAAGUGACGCAGAGGAGACCUUUUCUCGAGCUAUCAAGCUUUUGUUGAGCAAAAGCUUGGUGAAGGAUGGGCAAUAUGUAACUCUUGUCCAAAGUGGAGCACAACCAAUCUGGCGUAGACAUUCUACUCACCACAUACAAGUCCGUAAGGUUCAAAGUUGAUACGUGUAGCAACCAUUUAUUUUGGUGUAAUCACGUCGAGUGGUAGGCAUCUAGGAUACAAAUUUUCAAAGUUUCUUAUAUACAUCUGAAGUUGUUCCUUGUAUGAUGAAAACGGGAGAUAUCUUCUUAAAACUUAAAUUCUAGGCGCAGAUGUUCCUGUAAUUGUGAACUUUCUGGCGGAUGGAAGCUUAAGUUUUGAUAACUUCGUGUAGCAUCAUAUGAAAUUUAUUUUUGUGCUUUA